AUGCGUUCAUUAAAUAUGCAUCCUUUGAUUCUACUCCUUGAAGAACGUCUGCAAUAUGUACACCCUAUUAUUCCAUUUGAUUCAACCGCACAUGUUGAACGUCGUUUGGCGUCCUCUAUUGGUAGCAAUCAUACUGAUGACAGUUCGAAUAUUGACAACAACUUGCCACUCAUUGUUCUAGCACUANUAGAGAUCAACUUUGCACGAAAUCCCAAACCAGCUGCUCAAGAUAUAGCCCAAUUAGCUGAUCAAUUGCAAUUGGAAAAAGAAGUUGUUCGUGUAUGGUUUUGUAAUCGACGGCAAAAGGAGAAACGUGUCACACCACCAUUAGGAAAUGGAACCGCGUCAGCAUCAACUAAUCAUCAUCAUGGAACAAGUCCAAGUCCAUCGUCAACACCAACAGGAACGACGGGAGACUAUUAUGAUUAUCAUUAUCCAACACAUUUGUAA